GAGAGUAAAGUGAAACAAGGGAAGCUUAUCUGGGUCAGCUACACACUAUGACAGCCUGCUGUGUAUAUCUUUUCUGCAUACUGGUGUAUGCCACUGGACCCUUAUAUUGCAACGCCCUGAUCCAGACGGAGGAAUAUAAAGCUAAACAUUUGCGAUAUUUCGUCACCAUGGAGGACGACAACAAAAAGCAACUGAUCAAUGAUUUACAUGAUGUUUUGGAAAGACUUCAGACAAAUCAACUUGCAUCCUUCAGAAAAAAACAUGGCCACCUGCCAAUGUGUGAUCCAGGAGACCAGUGUGCACUAAGGAAAGGCUCCAGGAUUGGGAAGCUGUGUGACUGCUCCCUGCCAAGAACAUGCAACUCUUUCCUACAUCGUUGUCUAUGAUCCUUUCUCUUCUUAUAUCCAAUGGCUAAACAAGGUUUGGCAGUUCAAACUUAUGUAUCCAUAUUUGUUUUCCAUUGUAUCUGUAAUUUUACA